UUUCGACACCGAUCCAGCGCCUCAUGCAGUGGGGGCAUUGAUUUGUUGUCCGUCCAAUUGCGAAGGUCAACCAUGUUCAAGCACCCGCACUUUAAUGCGCAAACUUGCUUCCGAGCUGAUAGACCUGGACACCAAGCACUAGGGAUUCCCUUCAAUGGGCCCUUGAUCUCGUGCAAUGGAAUAAUUUCAAACUUCGAACACUUAUAGUUUCAUCGACCUCCCGCAGUCCUGUUCAGAGCCCAUCUCAUGCAGAUUCCCCAGCCAUGCGGAGAGGACAAUAUCACCUCGAUCGCGAGGAGCAAUCGCCCCCAUCAAGACAACUUCCUGGCCCCCAUCAGGGAUACUCUGGGUUUACCCACCCACCCGCCAUACUUGAGGACAGUCGACGAAAUCCCUACAGUAGUGAUAUAGCCCCAAUGGCUAACUCCCCACAUCACACAGCCUCGUCUUCUGGUUCAAUUUUCAUGCCUCCGCAAUCUCCGAUGCAGGCCCCACAACCAUCACGAUCCGGAAUGCUUCCUUCACCGUCGUCUAUGAACUUCCCGAACCUACCGAAUUUGCCGCCUAUAUCACCCCCUUCUUCGUCACUUCAGACCUCUGCCCAAGCGGCUCAUUUACAGGAUCUCCAACACCAAGUCAGUAUCAAGACCUUGGCAUUUCAGACCCUUCAGCGCGAGUACGAUAGUCUUCUCCAGAAGUUAGAGCGUCAACGGACCAAGUGCGCCACACUAGAAAAGAAAUUCGAAGUCAGUGAUGUCGAGAUCAACAGCCUUACGGACGAAAAGGAAAAAUUGCAAGCGCAGGUUGCCACGCUCGAGCACCAAGUUGAGGAAUUGCAAGAAAGCAGGGAUGAGGCUCGUCGCCAAUUGGUGGCUAAUGGCGCACAGUACAUGCGAAUCAUGGAAAUGGCAAACAGGUUGCAGACUCAGAGUGCUGACGAUAAGAAACGGUGGGAAGCAGAGAAGCUAGAGCUGGAACAAAGAAUCAGAGUCUUAGAAGAGGCGAUGGUGACUGGCAGCGAUCGACCGACUAAUCAGGCAGGAGCCGCUUCAGCCUCUGACCCUCCACCUUCGAUAAUCAUCGCUCAUAAUCCAGAGUUAAGUUCAUCAGCUCCUACAUCGCCAGCUGAGACAAUCAAUGUCCUUCGGAGCGAAAUCGGAAGGCUUCGGACUAGAACACAAACAUUAGAGCAUGCACUGCAGACGCUGAGGGAAGAGAGUAUCUCCAUUCAGGCUGCUGCCCGAAAACUAGUUGAGUCAGGUGGCAAGAUCGAGAAGGCUUCGCAGGGGGCGAUUGGUGGAUGAUGAGGGGGAAAACAACAGCUCGGUCAACCACUGGAGAUUUUCGGCCGAUUUUUUGGCAGCCACUUCACUCCUGAGUCGAGAUUUCAGAUCGUAGGAUCUGUAAUGA